AUGGAUCCCAGUACCAAAACAGAGCCUAAAUUGACUACCCUAAAGUCCAAAUUUUCUCCCCCGUCGAUUUUGGAGAGAGAGGGGGGGGGGGGAGAGAAGGAGCUUGGAUAUGACAACGAUGAGGACGCAGGGGAAGUCUUCGUUGGGGGAUUAGCUGGGGACACCACAGAGGAGAUGUUGAAGGGGCAUUUUGGGAACUACGGCAAGGUCGCCGCCGGGAUCGUGAGCUCUAGAAACUACGGAUUCAUUGCCUUCGCUGAUCCGACGAUCGCCGAACGGGUUCUUGAGGACGAGCAUGUGAUCAAUGGGAAGUGGGUGAAUGUAAAAAGAUUCAUAAAGGAUGGAGGAGGAGGAGGUGGUGGUGGAAAUGUUUGGACUGAUCAAAUUUAUGUUGGAGGGUUGGCCCCUACCGUGACUGAACAUGAACUCUGCCAGUAUUUCCAGAACUAUGGCGUUGUGACUGAGUCAGUCAUCAUACGUGAUAAAAAGACCCUGGGAUUAGGGGUGGAAAAUGAAUAUGCUGUUAAUCGGGUGCUGGAUGAGACAUUUCAUGAGCUGAAUGGGAGAUUGAUGGACGUUAGGCCUGCCCAUCGUCGUAGUUCUAGUGCAAAUUCUGAUUCAUAUGAUGGUAGAAUGAAUGCAAAUAGGUAUGAUAUGCAACCAAAAACAGCUGGUGGUCACUAUUCUUCUUAUAGCUCAUCAGGUUAUGGAAUGACUAGUUAUCAGUAUGGUCUCGGAGGACAUGGUGGGCCUUCGGGUGCCCAAGGAAAUCCUAGUGCACGUACAGGUGGCAAUGCAGGUUACGUGUCAGCCUCACAUGGUGGGCCUUCGGGCGCCCAAGGAAAUCCUAGUGCACGUACAGGUGGCAAUGCAGGUUAUGGAUCAGCCUCAAUUUGGAAUACUCAGCCUCUGACUAUUACAUCUGCUGGUUCAUAUCACGGUAGAAUAGAAACAAAUAGGUAUUGUGUGCCACGACAAACAGCUGGUGGUGGCCAUUCUUCUUAUGGCUCACCGGAUUAUGGAAUGCCUAGACAUCCACCUGUUGCUCCAAGAAGCGCCAGGAGAAAUCAAGCUCCAAAUGCAAAUGAUGAUAGCAGCUAUACUUUUUAUCUUCUCUGA